AUGGUUCAAGUCAGCGAAAUUAAAGAUUCUGGAGCAGGCAGUGGUGCCUCCACGCGUACUGCGGCCCACACACAUAUCAAGGGACUGGGGCUCGAUGAGUUCGGGGCUGCAAAGCAGGUCGAAGGUGGAUUCGUUGGGCAAAUCGAGGCCAGAGAAGCGUGUGGUGUCAUCGUUGACCUUAUCAAGGUGAAGAAAAUGUCUGGUAAGGCGAUAUUGCUUGCAGGUGGUCCUUCUACUGGUAAAACGGCGCUGGCACUCGCCAUCUCGCAGGAGCUGGGCCCUAAGGUGCCAUUCUGUCCUCUGGUGGGCUCUGAGCUUUAUUCUGUGGAGGUCAAAAAAACUGAAGCUUUGAUGGAGAACUUUAGGAGAGCAAUCGGCCUGCGUAUCAAAGAAACAAAAGAAGUCUACGAGGGUGAAGUUACGGAGCUUACUCCUCAGAGCGCUGAAAAUCCACUUGGUGGAUAUGGCAAGACUAUCUCUCACGUCAUUAUCGGACUGAAAUCUGCUAAGGGUACCAAAACUCUUAGACUGGAUCCUACCGUCUAUGAGAGCAUCGAAAGGGAAAGCGUGAGUGUGGGAGAUGUCAUUUACAUCGAAGCCAACACUGGUGCUGUCAAGAGAGUUGGAAGAUCUGACGCAUAUGCUACUGAGUUCGACCUCGAAGCUGAGGAAUACGUACCUCUCCCAAAAGGCGAAGUUCACAAGAAAAAGGAAAUUGUCCAGGAUGUUACGCUGCAUGACUUGGACGUCGCGAAUGCCAGGCCUCAAGGUGGACAGGACGUCAUUUCUAUGAUGGGGCAGUUGAUGAAACCCAAGAAGACCGAGAUCACAGAAAAACUGAGACAAGAGGUCAACAAAGUGGUGGCGAAAUAUAUCGACCAAGGUGUUGCAGAACUAAUUCCUGGCGUUCUUUUCAUCGACGAAGUUAACAUGUUAGACAUUGAAAUCUUCACUUACCUAAACAGGGCUCUUGAGUCGAGCAUUGCACCAGUAGUGGUGCUCGCUUCUAACAGGGGCAUGACUACAGUUCGUGGGACAGAAGACAUUGUUUCACCUCAUGGCGUCCCCCCAGACUUGAUUGAUAGAUUGCUAAUAGUGCGCACGCUUCCUUAUAACAAAAACGAAAUUAGAACCAUCAUUGAGAGAAGGUCAUCGGUUGAGAAUCUAAAGACAGAUUCAGCUGCUCUUGACCUGCUCGCAGACAUGGGAACGGAAACCUCAUUGCGUUACGCGCUUCAGUUAUUGUCUCCGGCUGGCAUUUUAGCGAAAACGUCAGGUCGUACAGAGAUUAACGUGAGUGACGUCAACGAAGCUAAGACACUGUUCUUGGAUGCGAAAAGGUCAAUCAAAAUCCUUGAAUCAAGUGACAGCUACUUGUAA